AUUUGCGCUGUGGGUCGUCAUAAAAUUACAAGAAGCAACAGCGUCUUUUUUUUUUUUCGGUCAUUUUAUUGUUAUCACGCAUUUUUGAUUUCAGUUUAAUUCAUUUAAAACAGUUGAACAAUAUUAAUAAUAAUAAAACAGAUUAUUGAAAUCAUUUCAAAACAGCUAAUUCAUUAAAAAUUUAUAAAACUGAAUAUAAAUAAAAUUGUGUUGCUAUUUUAUAUUUGAUUUGAUUGGAAAUUGUCAUACUGUUUAAUUGAAAAUCAUCAAAGAUUAAAUAUGUAUCCUGAUAGCUUUUCUCGUGAUAUUAUGAUAUCUGCCAAACGACAAUUUUCAGAAAAAACAACAUUGAAAGAUCAAUUUGAAGUAGUAUGGGAAUUAACAGCUCCACAUAUUGACAUAAAUCGUGAUAAAAUUAAUAAUAAAACAGUUGGUCAGUCAAUGAUCUGGAGGGAAAUUGGUAACAAAGAAUAUACUACUGCAAAAAAUAAAAAUUAUUUACGUAAAUCAAUUGAAGAAUACACCAAGAGUAUUGCUUUUGCACCAGUUGGAUCCAGUGAAUUGUCAUUGGCUUAUGCAAAUCGUUCAGCUGUAUUAUUCAAAGCAAGACUCUAUGAAGAUUGUCUUCUUGACAUUGAACGUGCAUUAAAGACAGGCUAUCCAGAUAAAUUGAAAACAAAAUUAUUUAUACGUCAAUCAUUGUGUUUCAAAGCAUUGAAACCAAGCUCACAUAUUGAAUCAGAUAUUUCAAUGGCCAGUGCAAUGCAAUGGCUUCCUGACUUGAAAAAAUAUAACCCAACAUACGACAUCAACAAAGAGUAUCCAAAGAUGAUUAAUGAACUUGAAGAACCACGUGAAAUUAUUAGAUAUUUACCAGAAAUAAAAAAUGACAAUGCAAUAAUAGUUGGUGGAUCUGAUGCAAUUGAAUUAAAACAAACAAAUGGAGAUAAUCAACAUGUUGUUGCAACAAGAGAUAUCAAAUCUGGUGAAUUUAUUUACAUUUCUGAGCCAUUUGCAGCAGCUCCUGCUGAUGAAUUACGUUUUACUAAUUGUUGGCAUUGUUGUCGUCAAACUUGGACUGGUGUACCAUGUGAUAAUUGUCCAAACAUCAUAUAUUGUUCAGACGUGUGUAAAAAGAAAGCAUGGAAUAGUUAUCAUAAUAUUGAAUGUUUAGUAUUAGGAUCACUUUUAAAAUUUGACGAUAAAGAUUACAAAAAAUUAAUGGCAAUAAAAAUAAUUUCAAAGACACUAAACUCAGCAGGUGAUUUAAAAGAAUUAAAAAAAAUAAUUGACAAUAUUGACUUGGAUAAAAAUAAAGAUUUUAUCAUUACCAAUGGUAUUCUUGAUGUUAAUAGUAUUGAUAAUUUUCAUCGUUUUGAUUAUCUUUUAAAUGCAUCAAAUGAAUUUAAAUUCCAAUUAACAUUACUUGCUGUAUGGAUUGUUGAAAUUUUUAGUCAAAAAACAAAUAUAUUUGGUCAAAAUAUGACAAUGAAAAAUAAAGAAACAUUGAUUUUGGGAGAAUUAAUAUUACGAUAUUUGAUGAUGGGUUAUCGCAAUCAUCAAGGGUUUGUAGAUACAAAACCUGGUAGUUCUCUUGCUGCAACAAAUGUAAUAAUGCCAAUUUGUAAGAUAUUUAAGAAAAGCUGUGAUCCAAAUAUCGAUUGGAUUUACUUGGGCUCAAACGUUGGAUAUUAUGCCAGUAAACCAAUCAAGCAAGGAGAACCGAUACUUGUUAGUAUGUUUGGACAAUAUAGUUCAAUCUCAAAAGCUCAACGGAGUGUGGCAUUUAAACUCAUUACUGAUGAUCCUGUACCAUGUAAAUGUACAGCAUGUAUUGAAAAUUGGCCAAUUGUAGAUUAUCUUCCAUCUUACCGGAGUAUGGUGUUGCCAGCAAGUAUAAAGAAAGAAUUGAAUUAUAUGACAUUAACAGUAGGAGAGUGGCAAGAUCGUAUUUGUCACGGAGAUACUAAAGAACUAUUGACAAUAAAAGAUACUUUGAAUAGCUUGAAUGAUAAGAAUCAUCAAUACAUCACUGUUCCUUGUCAAGAAGUAUCAAUAUUGAGUAUAGUAAUCAAAGCGUUGUACAAACGACUACAUACUGUUCAUGAUGUUUUUGAGUAAUUAUUCUUCAAGGGAAAAAGCAGCUAUUUAUAUAUUUUCUCUCAACAAUAUGCUUCAUUUUUAAUAUAAUCAACAAGAUAAAAAAAAAAUUUAAAAUAACCAUCACUUAUAUUUUUUUUUAAAUUUAUUGCUUGUAUAAAUUUAACAGCUCAUUGGAUUUUUGGUAUCAUUAUUAAGUUAAUUAUUCAUAAAAUUUUUCUUUGUAGUUGAAUUAUUCAUUUGUAACUGGUUUCAAUUAGAUUCAACUCAAUUUACUAAAAAAAUAAUAAUUGUCAACAAAAAAUAAAAUAAUAUUUAUUGUGGAAUUUAUUCAAAAAUGAUUCGUUCAAUAAAAUAUUAUAUUAUAAACAAAA